UGCUCCUCCAGCCCCUCAGCAAGAGUGGACGUACAUCUGAGUCACCAUGGGCAAGAUGGACAACACCUCCGUGGAGCUGAUCUCUCCCUCUGAGGUGAAGCAGGCAGCCCUGGAGGAGCCGGAGCCCAUCAGCGCUGAGGUCGUGAGCACCAAGAAGAAGAAGAAGGAGAUCCCAGACAGAGGUUCCUGGAAGGGGAAAUUUGACUUCUUGCUAUCCUGUGUGGGCUAUGCUAUUGGUCUGGGCAACGUCUGGCGCUUCCCUUAUCUCUGUGGCAAGAAUGGAGGAGGGGCCUUCCUUAUCCCCUAUUUCCUGACACUGGUGUUUGCUGGGAUUCCUCUCUUCCUGCUGGAAACUGCUCUGGGCCAGUAUACCUCUGUUGGUGGACUGGGAGUCUGGAGAUUAGCACCCAUGUUCAAAGGCGUGGGACUGGCAGCCAUGGUUCUGUCCUUCUGGCUGAACAUCUACUACAUUGUCAUCAUCGCCUGGGCUCUCUACUACCUGUUCAACUCCUUCACUGCGGACCUGCCAUGGCAGAACUGUGGGAAUGCCUGGAACACAGACCGCUGCUUCUCCAACUACUCCCUGAACGACACCACCAACCUCACCAGCGCUGUCACCGAGUUCUGGGAGAGGAACAUGCAUCAGAUGUCCGGAGGCCUCGGGGAGCCUGGCAGCAUCCGCUGGCCCCUGGCUGGCACGCUGGCCCUGGCCUGGCUGCUGGUCUACUUCUCCAUCUGGAAGGGUGUGGAGUGGACAGGCAAGGUGGUGUAUUUCUCAGCCACCUACCCCUACUUCAUGCUUUUCAUCCUCUUGUUCCGGGGAGUCACACUGCCAGGAGCCAAGGAGGGGAUCCUCUUCUACCUCACGCCUGACUUCAGGAAGCUCUCUGACUCUGAGGUCUGGAUGGAUGCAGCCACUCAGAUCUUCUUCUCCUAUGGCCUGGGGCUGGGCUCCCUCAUUGCUCUGGGCAGCUACAACACUUUCCACAACAACGUCUACAGAGACUCCAUUAUUGUCUGUUGUAUAAACUCCACCACAAGCAUAUUUGCAGGAUUUGUUAUUUUCUCUAUCAUUGGCUUCAUGUCACACAUCACAAAGAAGUCGGUGUCAGAGCUGGCCUCCUCAGGCCCUGGGCUGGCUUUCCUUGCCUACCCUCAGGUUGUCACACAGUUGCCCUUGUCCCCACUCUGGUCAAUCCUCUUCUUCUCCAUGCUGAUGAUGCUGGGUCUGGACAGUCAGUUCUGCACUGUGGAAGGUUUCAUUACAGCCCUGAUGGAUGAAUAUCCUCGAGUCCUAAGAGCCAGGAAGAAGAUCUUCAUCGCAGUAGUCUGCUUCAUCUCUUACCUCAUUGGAUUCUCCAACAUCACCCAGGGUGGCAUUUAUGUCUUCAAGCUGUUUGAUUACUACUCAGCCAGUGGCAUGUGUCUUCUCUUUCUUGUCUUCUUUGAGACCAUCUCAAUUUCUUGGUGUUAUGGUGUGAACAGGUUUUACAGGAACAUUGAAGAAAUGAUUGGCUACAAGCCUUGCAUCUGGUGGAAGAUCUGCUGGGCCUUCUUCACACCUCUUGUCUGCCUGGGUGUGUUCUUCUUCAGUGUGGUGGAAAUGACCCCUCUGACACUGGGAAAGUACAUCUAUCCUGCGUGGGGACAAGGCAUCGGUUGGCUCAUGGCCCUGUCCUCCAUGGUUCUGAUUCCAGGGUACAUGCUCUACUCGUUCUUCACCUCAAGAGGGACUCUCCGGCAGCGUUUGCAGCAGAUGACGCAGCCCAGGCCCGAGGCGCACGCCCAGAACAACGGCCUCCAGCCAAAGACGUCCCUGAAUGGGAGGAUCUCGGACGCCGCCGUGUAGGAGGGAAGCCCGAGCUCCUCGCCCUGCCCUGUAGUUGCUCACUCCACAUUGUCCCUCGAGCUCCUCUGGCACAGCUUGCUGUCCCUGGCUCUGCAGUGGCUUUCGCUUGUCCAAGAGAGGACCUGGUGGGGGAACCUGCUCAUGGCUCUUUCUCCUGGCAUGGUUGACUAAAGCCCUGAACAAGCUGCCGCCAGGGCGUUGUGAGGUGACCACCUUCAUCCUGCAACAUCCUGGUCCAGGCCCUCAGGGAGGAGCAGCUGCUGCCCAUGUCUUUCUCCUCCUGAGGAGAGGUGGUGUCUCUAGAGAGCUUAGACUGAUUGUUAUCCACUUGCCUGCUUUUCUUGCCUUUCCGUGUGAAACUCCACAGAGCAUCCCCCAGCACACAGCUGUGCUUCACCCCAGAGAGAUCCCUGUCACCAGGUUCGAAUCCCAGAUGGCUGUUGAUUGAUGGAGCAUAAAACACCAGCAAAUACAUAACUGGAGGGGAUGUGCAGAACAAAAGAUUCUAGUGCAGAAAGAGGGAUUCUAGUGAGGAGUCCUGCAUGUUAGUAGCUGUAGGACAUCACCCCACACCUGGAGAAGGGCUUGGGGACAGUAUGUGCUGCUCACAGUGCAAUGUUUCAUCCCUGCAGUCUCCAGAUACGUUUGCUGCAUCCAUUGAGGCUGGCACUGUGAGCCAGAGCCCAGCAGAACAGUCAGCAUUUCUUUU